UGUACAGUAGUGUUGGGGAAACGAAGCUUCCUGAAGCAUUGAGCAUUUCCAGCUAAUUGUGUCGAAAAUAGGUAAAUUACUCGAGGCUUUGAUCAACACGUACACUCGUGGCACCUGCUGGUCAAAAUAAUUUAGAAUAGCCAAAUUAUUAUAGUUGACGUCAGGGUAGCCACAAAUAAAAUAUUUGGGAUCACUUUUUUGUCUUCCACCGAAACCAAUGGCAAAGCAAUCGGGGUUGUUCCACAAAACGAAGAUUCGGACGUCAUUGAUCACGUGCUUCUGAUAAAGCCAUACAAGCAUCCGUACACUGCUUCGAAAUAAACUGCUUAGCGAUUUGUACGCAUGCCUCGGAUUUCCGGUUUUAAACGCGACAUCACUAAUAUACAGUAGCUACCUGUCUCUUUUACCUCUUUAUAUAGUUCUAGGAGAGAUGGGUAGGAUGUUUGUAACUAGUUGAUUUGUUGACCCACAACAAAAAACAACGUUCGAAAAGUGCUUGCCCCUGUUUCCAGGAGGAAGAUCCCUGUCUCGGCACUGGUGUGAUCUGGAGGAGGCUAAAUCAGUCUUUCCAUUAUAGUGAACCAAACUGGGAAACAAGGGGGGCAGCUCAUCCAUAGAAGACUGGCUGUGAACUCUGGGACUGGUACCGAUAAGGGAAGGGGGGUUGAUUUUCCAGUGUUGAGUUGAUGUCCAGUGUUUCCAGUGUUCAGCUAUGUCAGAAGCCAUCCUCACCUUCCAGUACCAACUCAAUGGAGUAAUGGAAAUGGUCCUCAAAACCGCCGUGCAUGAGAUCACUCGGCUGGUGAAGGACAGCUUCCUGGAGGAAGUGACACGGAGCAAGCAGGAAGUGGGCGUCUUUAAGGAGAGGCUGCAGCAGUGUGAGCAGAGAUGGAGGGACGGAGAGGAAGAGAGGAAGAGGAGGGAAGAUGAAGAGAAAGAGCAGAGAAAGAAGAUGGAAGAGAGAGAGCAGAGGGGGAUGUGUAGGAGAUGUGGUUGUGCUGGAGACACUGAGGAGAGAGAAGAGGCUCUGUCAGGAGAAGAGGAAGGUUGUGUUAUCAAACAGGAGAUGUUCCAGCCAGGUGGACCCAGUGCUUUCCCAAAGAGAGAGGGUCCACAGGAAACGGCCAUACCAAGCUCUUCCUGUGUCUCUGAAAGGAUGGAAGAGAGGAAGGCCCAUGUGGUCCAUAUCAAAGAGGAGUCCGAUGACUGGGGGGACUUGGUUACCCAGAUGAUCACAUCCACAGAUUACCCCAUAAUGAGCUUGAGUCGUCUGCAGAGAUUGAGCUCACAUCCUGGGGGAUGGGCCAGGGAGCCUCUUGCUCCAGCACCAUCACCAUGGACCAGUGAGCCUCUUCCUCCAGCACUAUGGGCCAGGGAGCCUUUACCUCCAGCACCAUUGGCCAGAAAGCCUCCACCUCUACCUCCAGCACCAUUGGCCAGGGAGCCUCCCCCUCUACCUCCCGCACCAUUGACCAGGAAGUUGCGGCACCUACUCCCAAGGUCAGUGAUACCCACCCAGGGGACAGAGCAUGCUUUGGGGGCCGUCGAGACCAGCCCCUCCGGCCUGUGUAUCAACACAAUGGCAGAGCUGAGGGUCAAACCCUACAGCUGCUCACACUGUGGGAAGAGCUUCCCUCAGCUCCGAAAUCUCAAACACCACCAGAAGUACCACCACACAGGGAAGAAGGCCUUCACCUGCUCCCAGUGCGGUAUGGGCUUUGUGUACAUGUCCCACUUCAGGGUACACAUGCAGCGCCACACGGGGGAGAGGCCGUUCAGCUGUUCUCAGUGUGGGAAGAGCUUCAACCUUCAGAGUGGCUUGAUGAAACACAGGGUCCUUCACACUUUAGAGAGAGACUUUACCACUGCAACGACUGUGGGAACAGAUUCUAUUCUAGAGCAGACCUGAAAAGACAUGAACAGAUUAAUGCAGCAAGGUACACCUUUGAGAUGAAGCAGGUUGAUUUAGAAAAUCAGAGGGGGGAAAUAACUGCCAACGUGUACUAUGUUCAAUGUAUCAAUAGUUGCUGAUGCAUUUGAUGUUGAGAGGAAUAAAACUCUAUAUGAAUAAA